GUUGUUUGGGAGCACAAAAUUCUCUGUUUACUCGUUUGAAGAUAUGUAAUAAUUCAGACAAAAAAUACAGAAACAAUUUUUUUUAAAUAUCAUCGAUAUAUCGAUAUUUUGAUAUAUUUUCGACACCUAAACAGCUGCAGCGGUUACGCGAUUUGUAUAACUUAAGUUAAAGUCAAUUAAAAGUAGUAAUCAAGCCGCAUAAAAUGCUUCGAAUCGUCAGUAUAAGUAGACUGGCCAAUACCCUGCAAUCCAGUAGAGUGUCGUUCCAUGUAAAUGCCGCACGCAUGAAACGCCGAAAAACAGCCGAGGAGAAGAAAUCCCCCAGAAUUAUAGAGUACUCUCCUAAGAAGGCACAAUUAGCAGGAGGAGGAGCCUCGGAUAUCUGGAGGCACAUGAGCGUGGCUCAAUUGGCCAAGGAACUGGAAAGGCCACUGGAUGAUGUCCAAGAAGCCAUGCUGUAUGUGAAGGGCGCCGACAACAUUGAGCCCGCUGCCAAGCUCGCAGAUCUUAAGGUAAUCCAGGAAAUAGCCAAGAAACUAGGUGCCAAAACCCGGGUGGUGGCCACACCUGAAGUUAGCAACGAAGAUGAUCAAAAAGAGCGCGAUGUGGCACCCAGACCUCCUGCUCCUCCGGAGCUUCUGCAGCCACGUCCACCUGUGGUCACUGUAAUGGGCCACGUGGAUCAUGGCAAGACCACUCUACUGGACUCCGUGCGAGGAGCAGAUGUGGCAGCCGGCGAGGCCGGUGGGAUUACCCAGCACAUAGGCGCCUUCACCGUCACCCUAGAAAACGGCGAACGGGUGACUUUUCUCGACACACCUGGACACGCUGCCUUUAGCGCGAUGAGAGCUCGAGGAGCUGUGGCCACUGAUAUCAUUGUCCUCGUGGUGGCCGCUGAGGAUGGGGUUAUGGCGCAGACACGCGAGGUCAUCCAGCUGGCCAAGGAGGCUCAGGUUCCUAUUAUCGUGGCCCUCAACAAGAUCGAUAAGCCAGAGGCCAAUAUUGAGAAGAGCAAACGAGAGCUGGCGCAAAUGGGACUUGCCCUCGAGGAGCAUGGCGGCGAUGUCCAGGUGAUACCGAUCUCCGCUCUCAAGGGCACCAACCUGCAACUUUUAGCUGAAGCGGUGAGCACGCAGGCCACGCUGAUGGGCCUCAAAUCGGAUCCCACCGGUCUGGUUGAAGGCAUUGUGGUGGAGUCAAAGACCGACCCCCGACGAGGCAAGCUCUCCACAGCCAUCGUCUCGCGAGGCACGCUGCGCAAAGGUUCAGUGCUGCUGAGUGGCCUGGCGCACGCCAAGGUGCGAGGCCUAUUCGAUCACAAUGGCCAGCCCUUGAGCGAGGCUCCACCAGGCACGCCUGUGGAAAUUCUGGGAUGGCGGGAACUGCCGCUCGCUGGCGAUCUCAUACUGGAGGUGGAAACAGAGAAAAAAGCUCACGCCGUUCUCAAGUACCGCGAGCACUCGGCGCAGCAGGAGAAGAUCGAGUCUAGCAGUGAUGAGAUCCGCAAAAAGGAGGAGGAACACCAAGCUAAGUACCGCGCGGAACGGGAGGCUCGACGACUGGCAGGUCGCUUCCGCAUGCGCGGCGGCCAAAGGGUCAAGCAAGUUGACGAAAAUGACGGCAAGCCGCGGGUCAGUGUCAUCAUCAAGGGCGAUGUUCACGGCUCCGUGGAGGCGAUACUGGACGUAUUGGAGACGUACAGUAGCAACGACAGCUGUCGCCUGGACAUCGUGCACUACGGUGUGGGAAACGUGACUGAGGGCGACCUAGAGUUGGCCAAGGCCUUCGAUGCCAUCAUAUACGCCUUCGCAGUGGAGACACCGCAAAUUAAGGCCGCCAAGGAGGUGAACAUCCGCAGCUACAAUAUCAUCUACCGGCUUAUCGACGACCUGAAGGAGCAACUGAGCAGCAAGUUGCCGCCGGUGGAGGUGGAGGAGAUCUUGGGCGAGGCCAAUGUCUUGCAGAACUUCCUCAUCAACGAGGGUCGCAAGGAAGUUCCCGUCGCCGGUUGUCGGUGCACCAAGGGAGUUCUAAAGAAGGCCCAGAAGUUCCGCCUGCUGCGCGAUGGCGAAGUGGUCUACAAUGGACCUCUGGAGUCCAUGCGCCACCUGAAGAACGAGGUGGACACCAUCAAGAAGGACGUAGAGUGUGGGUUGCGCUUCAAAGACACUAAGGUGAUGCCAGAAGCCGGAGACAUUCUGCAAUGCUACACCACGAACAUGGAGGCGCAGCAAACGGACUGGGAUCCAGGUUUCUAGUUGUACGAGCAACAAACUCAUCCCUGUUAUCGCGCUUGUAAUCUGUGGUUUUCUAUUAUAUACUGUUUAUAUAAAACAA